AUGCCUGCUGCUAAGCGAUCAGCUCCCAUCCAAGAGGAGUCGACCGGCACGCGCCGGCGCUCCGGCCGCUUGUCUAGCACGCAGCUGAAGAGUGUAUACUUUGAGAGCGAAGAUGAGAGUGAAGAAGUUGUUGGCGGACGCCAAAAGAAAGCAACUCUUCCCAAAAAGCGGGAUAGGAAAGCAUUGAAUGAAUCUGAUGAAGACGAAGAAGAGUUUGACGAAGAUUCAGAGGAAGAGGUGGAAGUGCAGCCCAAGAAGAAACCCCGAGGACGGCCUCCAAAGAAAGCCAAAGAAGAGUCUGAUGAGGAUCAAUAUCAUACGCCGAAUGAGGAUGAGGAUGAUAAAGACAAUAAUGAUGACGAUGAAGACGACGACGACGACGACGACGACGACGGCCCACGAAAGGUUACAAUCAUUCCUCUAGAGAAACUACGGGAUACGGGAGGCGUUCCGUAUGAAGACCACUAUGUGCAUAAGAAUACGAUGCUGUUUCUGAAAGACCUAAAGGCAAACAACAAGCGACCUUGGUUGAAAUCACACGAUGGAGAAUACAGGAGAGCAUUAAAAGACUGGCAGUCAUUCGUCGACGCGACCACACAGACACUCAUCGAGGUCGACGAAACCAUCCCCGAACUUCCCGCAAAGGAUGUCAUUUUCCGCAUCCACCGUGACAUUCGCUUCAGCAAAGACCCAACGCCGUACAAGGCUCACUUCUCCGCUGCUUGGUCCCGCACAGGUAAAAAAGGUCCCUACGCGGUAUAUUACAUCCACUGCGAGCCCAAGGCCACCUUCAUAGGCGGCGGGCUGUGGCAUCCCGAGGCGGCGUAUAUAGCCAAGCUGCGGGCGAGCAUCGAUGAGAGGCCGAGGAGAUGGCGACGGGCAUUCAGCGAUCCGCAUCUUAAAAAGGUGUUUUUCCCGGCAGUAAAGGAGAAGGAUGGGGUGGAGGCCGUGUUAAAGGCUUUUGUGGCACGGAACCAAGACAAUGCGCUCAAGAAGAGGCCAAUGGUGUGUAUCUUUCUGCGUCGCUUUAUUUGCAUGGGCCACAUUAUUCUUCCCCAUCUCGACUUUGCCAAGAUGACUGGUUCCCCUUGCUUAUGGUUGGCUAACUCGGUAAUUCAGGGCUACGAAGUCACGCAUCGUGAUAUAGAGCUUUUAAAGCUUCGAAACUUCACUAUCGGUACCAAGCUUGACGACAGUGUCCUGAGCAGUGACGAUGCACAGGCCAAGAUCAAAGAGAUAAUGAGGGGUCUCUUAACCUUUAUCACUUUUCUCAAUAGCGUUGUGAUGCCUGACCCUAGUCUCGACGACGAAGAGAGUGAAGAGGAAGAUGGCGAUAAUGACGAAGAGGUGCAUAGCGAUGACGAGGCCGGAGAAGAUGAUGAUGAGGACGAGUAA